GCUAACGUUAGCCAUCCUUCUCAGAACGCAGUUCAACUUACUGAUAGCUAAAUUAGCUAACUUUAACAAUGAUAGCUACUUGGCUAAGUAAACUGCUAAAUUAAUGCUGUCAAAUGUAGCUAACCCAGUGAUAACUUGAACGCUUGAGUUUAGCUAGCUAGCUUAACUGUUUUUAAAAUACGAAUUUGUUCCCUCGCAUUCAUUGUUCAUAAUUGCUGAAAGAGUUGGCUAAAUAACCAGCCAACCUGGGACUUUAACGUGGCUAACAAAAGUACAAAGAGAACAUGUGUGACGAAGAUGGAGUCGUGGAGGAUUAUCCGACCGAGAUUGCGGAGUACCUGACGGGAUUUAACUCAUCCGUAGGCUCGGUUAAUAAAAUGGUGGACACAAUGAUCUCUUUGUCGAAAAACGAGCUCCUUCAGAAACUGGAUCCCCUGGAGCAAUCCAAGAUGGAUCUGAUGUCAGCGUAUGCCCUAAAUUCGCUGUUUUGGAUUUAUUUGACGACUCAGGGAAUAAACCCAAAGGACCAUGGAAUUAAACAAGAAUUGGAGAGGAUCCGCACGUACAUGAACAAAGUGAAGGAGAUCACAGACAGGAAGAAGGCCGCCCGUCUGGACCGGGGGGCUGCGUCACGCUUCGUGAGGAGCGCCCUGUGGGAGGCGGAGGGGGAGCGACCCAAAGCGCAGGCAGAGGACUCCUAUCAGUCCAAGAGACGCAAGCAGAGCUGAGGAGGGAGAGCGGAAAGAGAGGGAAGAGAACCCUCCACACCACCGAGAGACUGCCCUUUUCUCUUUUUUUAUUUGUGAGGGGGGUGGGGGGGG